AGAUAAUCCUCCUGUAUUCAUUACUGAUAAUGGACAAGGUUAUAAACAAAACAAGGCCAAAUUGGGUCUGAAACGAGUUCGUCCUUGGAAAUGGAUGCCAUUCAAUAAUCCUGGCAGAAAGGAUGGAGCAGUAUUUUACCACUGGAGACGUGUUGAAGAUGAAGGUGAAGAAUAUGCAUUUGCAAAGUUUAAUAAAUCUGUCUCGAUUCCAGAAUACACAGAUGAUGAAUACGUUCAGCAUCUUCAGCGGGAAGGCUGGACCCGACUGGAAACAGAUCAUUUAUUUGAUUUGUGCCAGAGGUUUGACUUGCGAUUCAUUGUAAUACAAGACAGGUGGGACAGAACUCGGUUCUCAAACAGAAGUGUUGAAGAUCUCAAAGAACGUUAUUAUAACAUUUGCAAUACCCUUGCCAAAGUUCGGGCAGUUGGAAGUGUGGAGCCAAAAUUAAUUGCCUAUGAUGCUGAUCAUGAAAGAAGAAGGAAAGAACAACUUAUUAAAUUAUAUGAUCGAACACCAGAACAGGUGGAAGAAGAACAAACUCUCUUAAAUGAACUAAGAAAAAUAGAACUUCGUAAGAAGGAAAGAGAAAAGAAAACCCAAGACUUGCAGAAGCUUAUUACUGCAGCUGACAGCAGUCAAGGAGAAACUAAGCGUCUUGAAAAGAAAGGACCGAAGAAGAAGGUUGUUCAACAAAAAAAUAUUAAAGCAGAAAAUGCUAGUGUUGAUUCGGCUGGAAUCAAGUUUGCUGAUUUUAAGGGAAGUGGAGCCACAGUUCGAAGUCAAAGGAUGAAAUUACCUGCUUCUGUGGGACAAAAGAAAGCUAAAGCUAUUGAGCAGUUGCUUAAAGAGCUUGAUUUAGAAACAAAUCCUAUUCCUACAGAAGAAAUAUGCACAAAUUUUAAUGAACUGCGCAGCGAUAUGGUUCUGUUGUAUGAACUGAAAUUAGCUUUAGUUAAUUGUGAAUUUGAACUUCAGACAUUGCGACAUCAGAGCGAAUCCAUAGCAUUAGAAAAGAAAAAAGAUCACCAUGAAAUUGUCUCAACUUUUAUGGGAGGACCUCAGAGAAUAAAAACUGAGUAAUGUGUCUUGAAUCACUUUAUGAGUAAUGUAUUUCAAAAAAUAAGAGAAAUUCCACUUUUGUUUUCAACUAGCUAUUGUUGCCUGUAACAGAUUGAACGGUUUCAUAAUGUUUGAAUUAUCAUUGCAUAUUUACUUCCCUUGUAUUUGUAUAUAAAAUAUGUAUAUAAAAAUUGUUUAC